CAGCGAUUUUCAAAUAUUUGACAACAGUUCGAAACUUCAGAACGUCGUGGAAAACGCAAUGGAUUGAUGGACAUCAUCCAGUCGGGGUCGAAAGGAGCGGCCUUCUGAACAUGUACUCAAAUUACCAAGAUCAAGAUGAUGUUCUAAACCAAUUAAUUUUUUUAUGUACCGACCUGGAAUACCGCUGGAAAACGGCCACAUGCGUGGUUUGCCUGCUUCUGAUUCUGUUUUGGUUACUCGGGAGAUGGCGUCUGGAGGUUGAAGAUGGCCUUGAUCCAGAUUCAGAGCUGCUGAAAUAUGUCUCCUCACAAAUAGACACCUUAAGCACAAACUGCCUGAACAGUGAGGAGUUACUGAAAGAGAUCAGAGCAAGUUGUGUGAAUUUCUCAGAUGGAGAGCAGGACAACAAACAUAAUGCCUACUCCAGUCAGUCUGAGGAUUCCGAUGUAUCUGAUCAGUUCUCUUAUAAUCCAAAACACCACGACACACUCAGUGCCCAGAGCUCAGAGAGAGAUCACAUGUUCUUAAAACACAGUCAUGACCCCACAAGUAGUGAAAGUGAAGAGUGGAACCUCAGGUCUGGUAUAUGUGCAUCAGACUAUUCCGUUUCUACCAUCUCAAUUACAAGCAAUUCUCCAUCAUCCAGCCCUUGUCCCACAGGAAGUCAUUUUAGCCUGUUCGAUGAGAUGUCUGCCCAAGGCUCACCUGCCAUCAUCAGUACGGUAGCAGCAUCUUCAAAAAGUGUCUUGGAUGGCAAUCGACAGAGGCAGUUGUGGAAACGUGCUAUAUUGCGUGUUCGUAUUGUGGUGAUGCUGCUUCGGGGGGGAUUAAAACUGAAAAAAGACACACCGUUUCAAGAAUGCAGGGCAGUGGAGAACAUUUGCUGCUCUGAAACCAAUUUGAUUUCAGAGGAUAGCCCUCACGAUAGCUCCAACGACAGUUUUGAUCAAAAACGGAAUAAGUUUGAGAAAUAUGUAAAAGUGAGAGAAUCUAUUAACAAGCAACCAAACCCCCUUAUGUUUAUUCAGUCUCAGUUUAUUCAGUCACCUGUUGGUCAGGCUGAAAAAGACCUGAAACAUGAAAGUGAAGAGAACAUAACGGCAGCCAAGACUGAUGGAGCACUUGCUGUUGCACAUCUUGGUAAGGAGGCGACAGAUGCCCUGAAACAGUCUUUGAAACACAAUAUGGGGAGAGUUCAAAUUGAAAAUGUGGUUCCACUGACAAGUCACAGCCAGGAUUCUUAUGACAAUGGAACACAUCAACCAAUUUUCUCUGAGCUGAUAGAGGCUCUUGAACCUCAAAUUGAUAAAAAACUGGUGCAACAUCGGUGGGCACCUCCUAAGCCAAUCACUUGGUCUCUAAAAUCAUUCAUGGAGCACCAGUCCACUAACUCUCACGGUUAUGGAACUAAAGAAAAUAUCACUGCCAGAAGACCACAUUUUUGCCUGAGAUUGGAAAUGGCUAAUCUAAAAGACAACAGCUCUCAAGAGGACUCUCAAAACCCCAAUAGUCCAGUAAAGGGAAGAGGAGCUCGCAAGGACAUGGUUUAUGGGAUGAUCACUCUGGGAGACAUUAGUGUGGAGAUGACAGACAAGAAGAUAUCAUUGAGUCAACAACAAAUAUCAUCUGCAGGGUUGGUGGAGGUACUCACACCAGCUCUCAAAAGCCCUGUGAAGAGUGCCAGUGAACCAGAUGUGACCAUACUCUCCUGCAGAAAAGCAAAAGCACAAGGGUUCAACAAGGUAGCUCUUGACCCGAUAGACCUGAACCUGAAACAGGAGCAUUGCGAGCAAAGCAUGAAAACACCCACAGUGCGUCACAAAUCCUUACAGAUGUUGAGGGCGAAUGUCCCUGGUCAGCCACCAUCCAAGAAAUGUUUAGAAGAAGCCAGGGCUCUGAUUCUCAGAAAAAGGAUGAGAAACAAGCUGGAGUUCAAUAUCAAACAGAAGGUGCUGUACCAGCUGUGGGGGCUUCCUUUGGUGGUACAGACAUCUUUGGAUACCACCAUGAGAACAUCACCUAUCAGGAAAGAUUCCAAAAUGCUUCUGAAGUCGAGUGAAGAAGAAAUGGAAAGGACACCUCGUAUGGAAAGGUCAUCACUCAAGAAGUGGAAGUUCCCAAAACGCAUUGUAAAGUCAAUUAAAACAUUUGAGAUGCCUAAGGCUAUGGGCCUCAAAAACCUCUCCCUUAGUAAUGAAAAUUAGACUUCAAACCAUGAAAGAUCUAAGAUGCCAUCUUCAAAUGACACUAACCAAGACCCAGCCAUUCAGAACAGUAGCUAGAGAACUGAUAUUUUUUAAGAGAUCAACAACAAGCCCGGGUCUUCCUCCAAAAUGAUUUAGACAGACUUAUUGUGAAUUUGUUUUCAUUAAUAAAUUCUGGUGCAGUUACAUUGGCUACAAAUGUUAAUUGAUUUUGGUUUCAUUUGGAAACAAUACCUACACAAUGCCAUGUCAAGGUUUACACUAAUAUAAUAACAACACAGGGUUUUACAAUAACCAUUUGCGAGUUUUGAACUCCUGGCUCCACCUGCCUGACAUUAAUUAUGCAAGGCACUGAAAGAGGUGUCCUGGUAUCAACUCAAGAUAAAAUACAUAGAACUUAAAACAAAUAUUUCACUUUAUAAAAUCAAGUAUUUGCUCUUGCUC